AUGACUACCAGGACGAGCAACCACACCAAUGGCCAAGGCUCUCCCGAGAUGCCCAAGCUGCGAGACAAACUCGACCCUGAGCGAUGGAGAAUCAAGGACGAAGACAGCUGCCACACCUGGCACUACUUGGAGGACGACGAGGCUGUCAAGGAAUGGCCACAAAGUUAUGCCGAAAAAUACUUUCUCAACCUUCCCUUGGGCCUGCCUGAUCUCGACGCCCCCGAAACCCCACUAGAUGCCGCUGCGAAUGGCCUCAACUUCUUCUCCAAGCUCCAAAUGCCUUCGGGCCACUGGGCCUGCGAAUACGGUGGCCCAAUGUUUCUCCUGCCAGGCGUUGUCGCCACCUGGUAUGCGACCAAGACACCAAUCCCCUCGGCGCACGCAACCGAGAUCAAGAACUACCUCUUUGCGCGCGCCCACCCCGAGGAUGGAGGCUGGGGUCUACAUAUAGAAGGCGAGAGCACAGUGUUUGGCACUUCGCUGAACUACACCACCCUUCGACUGCUCGGCGUCGACCCUGAGCACCCAGUCAUGGUGAAGGCCCGCGGCACGCUGCACAAGCUUGGUGGCGCCACCAAUGCGCCGCACUGGGCUAAAUUCUGGCUUGCCGUCCUCGGUGUCGUUUCUUGGGAUAUUGUCAACCCUGUGCCUCCCGAGCUUUGGCUUCUGCCUGACUGGACCCCCGUCUCUCCUUGGAGGUGGUGGAUCCACAUCCGUCAAGUCUUCUUGCCCAUGGGCUACAUGUACUCUAAGAGGUGGAGCUGCGAAGAGACGGACAUCAUCAGGGGCCUGAGGGAGGAGCUAUUUGUGCAGCCAUGGGCUGAGAUCAGCUGGUCGGAUCACAGGAACAGCAUCCACCCUGGUGACAACUACCAUCCCAAGUCAACAUUCAUGAACCUGGUCAACUGGAUCAUUGUUAACAUCUGGAACGUCUACCUGCGCGCCGACUGGAUCAGAGACAAGGCUGAGGCCUGGGUGAGCGAGCUUGUCGACAUGGAGGAUGCCAACACCGAGUACGCCGAUCUUGCACCUGUCAACGCCCCCAUGAACACCCUGGUAUGCUAUAUCCGCGAUGGGCCAGGUUCAUACAGUGUCAGGCGGCACAUUGAGCGCAUGGAAGAAUUUCUUUGGGUUAAGGAUGAGGGUAUGCUCUGCAAUGGCACUAAUGGCGUUCAGUGUUGGGACACGGCCUUCCUCAUCCAAGCCGUGUUUGAUGCCAACCUGCAGGAGAACAAGAAGAAUUACGGCAUGCUCCUCAGGUCGCUGAAUUACCUAGAGCGUCAGCAGAUCCGUGACAACUGCAAGGAUCAAGAGAAGUGCUACCGACAGACUCGUAAAGGCGGAUGGCCGUUCAGCAACCGAGUCCAGGGCUACGGUGUCAGCGACUGCAUCUCCGAAGCCCUGAAGUCCAUUAUUCUACUGCAAAAGGUUGGUGGAUUCCCAGCGGUUCUCGAUGACCAGCGCAUCUUCGACGCCGUUGAUACGGUCCUCAUGUACCAAAACAGCAACGGUGCGCUGUCGUCAUACGAGGCCCGCCGAGCCGGCGAGUAUAUGGAAAUGUUUAACGUGGCCGAGGUAUUUGGCCGCAUCAUGAUCGAGUACGACUACCCAGAAUGCACUACCGCAUGCGUCACGGCUCUCUCUCUUUUCCAUCGCCACUGGCCCAAUUACCGCCCAGAUGAUAUCACCACUUUUAUCAAGCGGGCCACGAGCUGGAUCAAGACGAACCAGAGACCCGAUGGGAGCUGGUACGGGAGCUGGGGUAUCUGCUUCACCUACGCCACCAUGUUUGCUCUCGAAAGCAUGGCCAGUAUCGGGGAGACGUACAAGACCAGCUCCGUAUCCAAGAGGGGAUGCGACUUCUUGGUGUCGAAGCAGAGAGAAGAUGGCGGCUGGUCCGAAAGUUAUAAGGCAUGCGAAACGAUGGAGUACCACGAGCACCCAUCGGGAUCCCUGGUGGUACAGACAGCGUGGGCCUUGAUUGGUCUUAUGGAGGCUGGGUACCCCCACAGGGAGCCGCUAAGGAAGGGAAUCAAGUUCAUCAUGGGGAGACAGCAGCCCAACGGAGAGUGGCUCCAGGAGGCCAUCGAGGGCGUCUUCAACAAGUCGUGCAUGAUCUCGUACCCGAACUACAAGUUUACUUUCCCCAUCAAGGCGCUGGGCAAGUUUUCUCAGAAAUACCCGGGCGAGAAGAGCUGUGGCGGAAGGAACCUUCCAGAGGAUCGACUACCUAAAAUGGUCAGUGCUGGACCCUGGUGCCUCACUUCGACCCUUUCAGCGUCAGUGGUUUUCACGGAAAGGAAAAGGACAGAAAAAGACAUGGCGUACGUCAAAGCAGCCUACCGCGGGCUAGACCUGGUAGCAGAAAAGGACUUUGCAGGUGCCAUCCCGCUACUCAGCCAGGCACUCAAGGAAUCCCCUAACCCAGCAUGGAUCAUCGCCCGGUCCAAGGCUCUGGUAGGUGUAGGCCGUUUCCGAGAAGCCCUCGAUGAUGCCGAGCAGGCAUGGCACGUCGCCGUCGCGCGCAGCAAGCGCGAGCUCAUCAUCGACGCCCAGCACCGUCGGGCUGUGGCACACUACCGCCUGGGCGAGCUGGCCAACGCUGAUUGCUGCUGCGUGUACGCUAUGAGCAUGCUCAAGGGAGGAAAGUAUGUCGACCAGCCGGCCAACGAUCCGGCCAAGGGGAUGAUUGACGACCAGGGCUUCUGGACGCAGACUAUCUUCGAUGCUCAGGAACAGAACAGGCUGGAGAGUGAGCUGGAGGAGAGCCUCAGUAUGCCGAAGCGUGGGACAGACCAGAGCACUGAGAAGAUGAGGCUCUGGCGUCUGCUCAGUGCGCUGCGCGUGCAGAUCCUCAAUUCGAUGCAAGCACUUGCCGCCGACGAUGAGAAGCGCAAGUGUACAGUCUCUCAGAAGCCGCCGCAGCGAGAGCUAGCAACUCUCGAUGCAAAGGAGCCUGCUGUCUCUACUACUACAUCGACUUCCUCCGCUACUCCUGUCUCUUCUCCUCCUACUGCUCCCGUAUCGGUCUCCCAGAAUGGAGAGGUCAAGCUGCAAGAGUACCAGACAAACGACACCAUGAACGUCACGGUGCUGUCCAAGGGCGUCGACAAGACCAAGCUUAAGGUCGACUUCCAGGCUUCUGUCGUUACGUUUGACCCUAUCGUCUACCCCGAUGGCCGUGAGGGCAAGUACACAUUGUAUCCGUGGGCCGACAUCGACCCCACGGCAUGUACAUACACGGUCACGCCCAGAAAGAUCGAGGUCAAGCUCAAGAAGGCUUUGCCAGGCAAGUGGGCAUAUAUUGUGCGGGAUGGAGCUACCAAAACGGCGGAGGCAUCCUCGGCUCCCAAGACGACGGCUGUCCCGACUAGCACCACCGUCGACGCCCCUUCCCAGAAGACAGCGCCCAAACCGGCCAAGAACUGGGACGCCAUCGAAUACGACGAGGAAGAAGACGAGAGCGACGUGAAUGGCUUCUUCAAGAAGCUGUACAAGGGUGCGACGCCCGAGCAGCAGCGUGCCAUGAUGAAGAGCUUCACGGAGAGCAGUGGUACCAGCCUCAGUACCGACUGGGAUGAUGUGAGUAAGCGGACUGUCGAGGCCGUUCCACCGGACGGUGUCGAAGCCAAAAAGUGGGCCAAGUAG